AUUCAAACUGGAAUUUUAAAUCAUUACAAGUCAGUGAUGGAUCACAAGUUGCAGAAUGCAAUCCUAAAUAGAAUUCUUCAAAAGAAUUGCUUUAAAUAACAGAGGAAAGAAAAUUAUCCACCACUCUAAAACCCUGAUCUAGAAAAACCUAUUGCACAUACUAGGAAGUUAAAACUGGAGAAAUUUAUCUGACUCUUAAUGCACCUGAAUCAAAGGAACUGUCGCUUUGUUUCUCAAAGGAAUUUUAUAUCUGAGAUUAUUUUAAUAGCCAAUCAUUUUAUUAGAAUCUUGACAUGAUCAUCAGGAAGGAGAAACAGAACAGUCGGUAAAGCCCGUGUGUUGGUCAAGAUGACUUCUGAAGAAAUGGCAGCUUCUGAUCUCAUACCUGUGACUCAGAGAAAAGUGGUGUCUUCUCAGUCAGCUGCAGAUGAAAGUAGUGAAAAGGCCUCAGGCAUCAGUGUUCCAAAGACACAUACUCCUGGGCAGAGUAGGCCGACUUCUCAUACCAUCUCAAAACUGAACAAACCCAAAGAGGAAACUUCUGGAAGCAACUUGCCUAGGAUUCUCUCAACAACAAGGGGGGAAAUCAUGAGUGAUGAGAACAGUAACGAAACGUGCUGGAAGAAAAACAUGCCCGAUUCUGUGAAGAACCUUAACGUGAACGGCAACAACAUAUUGGAAAACCGUCAGUGUGGUCUUCCUCAGAGCCAGUUUUACAAAACAUGCGAUUCUGUUGUAGAGGAAGGCCUGCAUUUGGAAACUGGAAUCCCUUCUUCCCUGGAAAGAAAGGUGUUCCCUGGGAUUCAACUGGAACUAGACGGACCUCUCACGGGCAUUCGUCCCUUAGGAAAUCAAUCAGCAACCAGCAGGGCACACCCCGACAGCGAUUUGGCGGUAUUUCACUUUCAUUAUGAACUUGACAGAAGAAUGUCAGACAGUGUCUGUACCCUAUCAGACAACUUGAUUUUGGAUGAUUGUGGAAACUGUGUAUCACUGCCUGAUGUUGGUAGGGAGCAAAAGAAAAAUUAUAUGGCAUAUACUUGCAAACUGAUGGAAUUGGCAAAAAGCUGUGAUAAUGAGAACAAGCAGCGACAGGGUGAUCAUUGUGACGCCUUGAACGAUGAAUACAUGUGCUGCGAAGCUUCCUGCCGAAAGGCCAACGUGGUAUGUUCUAGUGACAGCUUCUGCAGGGAGGGUUUUACUGAUAGUCCAUCUGCCGAGACUUUUCUGAGCCAUUUUGAGGACUUCCCUGAUAAUUGUGAAGACGUAGAAGAUUAUUUUAAAAGUAAAAAGGAGCGAUCUACUUUGUUAGUGAGGAGAUUUUGUAAAAAUGACAGAGAAGUUAAGAAAUCUGUGUAUACUGGGACAAGGGCAAUUGUGAGGACUCUGCCUUCUGGUCACAUUGGACUGGCAGCUUGGAGUUACAUUGAUAUGAAGAGAAGUGGAAGCUCGUUGCCUUGUGGAAGAGUAAUGGGCCAGCUAUCAACAGUGCUGAUUAGGCAAGAUGGGAGCCCAUGUCUGUCAGAAGCCCAGUGGUAUCCGAUCUACAAUGCAGUGAGAAGGGGAGAAGAAACAGAAGAUACAAUUGGAUCUCUUCUCCAUUUCUUCACAAAGCUCCCAGCCUCUGAGACAGCCUAUGAAAGGAUUAAUGUUGGUCCCUGCUUAAAGCAAUGUGUCCGAGACACCGUAUGUGAGUACCGUGCCACCCUCCAACGGACCUCCAUAUCUCAGUACAUCACGGGUUCUCUCCUAGAAGCAACUACAUCUUUAGGAGCAAGAAGUGGGCUUCUCAGUACUUUUGGAGGAUCCACCGGACGAAUGAUGCUGAAAGAACGCCAACCGGGCACCUCUAUGGCCAAUUCCAGUGCCCUCCCUUCAAGUUCAGCUGGGAUCAGCAAGGAGCUGAUUGAUCUGCAGCCCCUCAUCCAGUUCCCCGAGGAAGUCGCCAGCAUCCUGAUGGAGCAGGAACAGAAUAUCUACCGAAGGGUCUUGCCGGUUGACUAUCUUUGCUUCUUGACUCAGAACUUGAGCACUCCAGAAUGUCAGAGGUCCCUGCCCUGCCUCAAAGCAUCCAUCUCAGCAUCAAUUCUUAACUCCCAGAACAGAGAGCACAAUGCCCUUGAAGAUCUUGUGAUGAGAUUUAAUGAGGUGAGCUCCUGGGUGACGUGGCUGAUCCUCACAGCCGGCUCCAUGGAGGAGAAGCGGGAAGUCUUCUCAUAUUUGGUGCAUGUGGCCAAAUGCUGCUGGAACAUGGGCAACUACAACACCGUCAUGGAGUUCUUGGCCGGCCUCAGGUCAAGAAAAGUUUUAAAAAUGUGGCAGUUCAUGGACCAGUCUGACCUGGAGACCAUGAGGAGUCUGAAGGAUGCCAUGGCUCAGCACGAAUCCUCCUGCGAGUACAGGAAGGUGGUGACGCGGGCCCUGCACAUCCCGGGCUGCAGGGUGGUCCCGUUCUGCGGGGUGUUUCUGAAGGAGCUCUGCGAAGUGCUGGACGGCACCUCCGGCCUCGUGAAGCUCUGCCCCAGAUACAAUUCCCAGGAGGAAACUCUAGAGUUUGUAGCCGACUACAGUGGACAAGAUAAUUUUUUACAACGCGUGGGACAAAAUGGCUUGAAGAAUUCGGAAAAAGAGUCCACCGUCAACAGCAUCUUUCAGAUCAUCAGGAGCUGCAGCCGCAGUCUGGAGGCGGAGGACGAGGACAGCCCCAGUGAGGGGAGCGGCUCUCGGAAGAACUCCCUGAAGGACAAAGCUCGCUGCCAGUUUGUAAUUGGAGAUUUGCUGGAUACAGAAAAUGACAUCUUUGAGCAAGCCAAAGAAUGGGACCCUCAUGGAUUAGAAGAGCCACAGAAGGCCUUUGACCACGGGAUAGAGCUCAUCCCAUGGUACGUGCUGUCCAUCCGAGCUGACGUGCACCAGUUCCUGCUGCAGGGGGCCACGGUCAUCCACUAUGACCAGGACACGCACCUCUCUGCCCGCUGCUUCCUCCAGCUUCAGCCUGACAAUAGCACCUUGACCUGGAUAAAGCCCACCACGGCCUCCCCAGCCAGUGCAAAAGCAAAACUUGGUAUGCCUACUGCCACGUCCGAGCCUGGCAAAUUCCCGUUACUGGGCAAUGCUGGAUUAAGUGGCCUGGCGGAGGGGGUCUUGGAUCUGUUUUCCAUAAAGGCUGUGUACAUGGGGCAUCCUAGCAUUGAUAUACACACUGUGUGUGUUCAGAACAAACUGAGUAGCAUGUUUCUCUCGGAGACUGGUGUGACACUGCUCUAUGGACUUCAGACCACGGACAAUAGAUUACUGCACUUUGUGGCACCAAAGCACACAGCUAAAAUGCUCUUCAGUGGAUUGUUGGAACUCACUAAAGCUGUGAGAAAGAUGAGGAAGUUCCCUGACCAAAGACAGCAGUGGCUGCGGAAACAGUACGUCAGCCUCUAUCAGGAGGAUGGACGGUAUGAAGGCCCAACUUUGGCUCACGCUGUGGAGUUGUUUGGUGGCAGACGAUGGAGUACUCGAAACCCCAGCCCUGGGACAUCAGCAAAGAGUGCCGAGAAGCCCAACAUGCAGAGGAACAACACCCUGGGCAUCGGUACUGCCAAGAAGAAGAAGAAAAUCCUUAUGAGGGGUGAGAGUGGAGAGGCCACCGACGAUGAGAUGGCCACCCGAAAGGCCAAACUGCACAAAGAAUGUCGAAGCUGGAGUGGCUCUGAUCCUCAGGACAUUAACGAGCAAGAGGAGUCAGAGGCGAAUGCCAUCACAAGCCCGCCUAACCCUCUCCCUUCCAGAAGAGCCCACUCUCUGACCACGGCUGGGUCCCCCAUCUUGGCUGCCGGGACGUCAUCUCCCAUCAGGCCAGUGUCCUCCCCUGUGCUGUCUUCAAACAAGAGCCCGUCCAGUGCCUGGAGCAGCAGCAGCUGGCACGGCCGCAUCAAAGGAGGAAUGAAAGGCUUCCAGAGCUUCAUGGUUUCCGACAGCAACAUGAGUUUCGUUGAAUUUGUGGAGCUGUUCAAAUCCUUCAGUGUAAGGAGCCGCAAGGACCUGAAGGAUCUCUUCGACCUCUACGCCGUGCCCUGCAACCGGUCGGGCUCUGAGUCGGCCCCGCUCUACACCAACCUAACCAUUGACGAGAACACCAGCGGUCUUCAGCCCGAUCUAGAUUUGUUGACCAGAAAUGUCUCAGAUUUGGGGCUGUUCAUUAAGAGUAAACAGCAGCUGUCAGACAACCAGAGGCAGAUCUCUGACGCCAUUGCUGCUGCAAGCAUCGUGACGAAUGGCACUGGGGUCGAGAGCACAUCCCUGGGCGUGUUUGGGGUCGGCAUACUUCAGCUCAAUGACUUCCUAGUGAACUGCCAGGGAGAACACUGCACUUACGAUGAAAUCCUCAGCAUCAUCCAGAAGUUUGAGCCUAGCAUUAGUAUGUGUCAUCAGGGCCUAAUGUCAUUUGAAGGAUUUGCAAGGUUUCUGAUGGAUAAAGACAACUUUGCUUCGAAAAACGAUGAAUCACAGGAGAACAUUAAAGAAUUACAGCUGCCCCUCUCCUACUAUUACAUUGAAUCUUCACACAAUACCUACCUCACAGGCCAUCAGCUCAAGGGAGAAUCCUCAGUAGAACUCUACAGCCAGGUCCUCCUGCAAGGCUGUAGGAGCGUAGAGUUGGACUGCUGGGAUGGAGAUGAUGGGAUGCCCAUCAUUUACCAUGGACAUACACUGACAACCAAGAUCCCCUUCAAGGACGUGAUCGAAGCCAUUGAUCGCAGUGCCUUCAUCAACUCUGACCUGCCAAUCAUCAUAUCAAUUGAAAACCACUGUUCAUUGCCUCAGCAACGAAAAAUGGCAGACAUUUUCAAGACUGUAUUUGGAGAAAAACUGGUGGCUAAGUUCUUAUUUGAAAGUGAUUUCUCAGAUGAUCCAAUGCUUCCUUCCCCUGACCAACUUAGAAGGAAGGUACUUCUCAAAAAUAAGAAGCUAAAAGCCCACCAGACGCCGGUGGAUAUCUUAAAGCAAAAGGCUCAUCAGUUAGCAUCCAUGCAAGCUCAGGCUUACAAUGGUGGGAAUGUCAACCCCCCACCUACUAAUAAUGAGGAGGAGGAAGAUGAAGAGGACGAAUAUGAUUAUGACUAUGAAUCUCUCUCUGAUGAUGUCCUUACUGCUUCUCCUGCUCCUAACUGUCAGGAAGAUAACAUUCUAGAAGACAGACCUGAAAGCAAAUCGUGUAGCGACAAGCUUCAGUUUGAGUAUAAUGAAGAAAUCCCCAAGAGGAUAAAGAAAGCAGAUAACUCUGCUUGCAACAAAGGAAAGGUGUAUGACAUGGAGUUGGGAGAAGAAUUUUAUCUUCCUCAGAAUAAAAAAGAAAGCAGACAGAUUGCACCAGAGCUUUCCGACCUUGUCAUCUAUUGCCAAGCAGUAAAAUUCCCAGGCCUGUCAACUCUAAAUGCAUCUGGCUCUAACAGAGGAAAAGAAAGGAAAAGCAGGAAGUCCAUUUUUGGCAACAAUCCGGGCAGAAUGAGCCCUGGGGAGACGGCAUCACUUAACAAAACAUCUGGAAAAAGUUCCUAUGAAGGAAUGCGACAGGCCUGGGAGGAGUCUUCUUCCCCCCUCAGCCCAGCCACGUCCCUCAGCGCUAUCAUUAGAACUCCCAAAUGUUACCAUAUCUCAUCGCUGAAUGAAAAUGCCGCCAAACGUCUGUGUCGCAGGUAUUCUCAGAAACUGAUCCAGCACACCGCCUGUCAGCUGCUGAGGACUUACCCGGCUGCCACCCGCAUCGACUCCUCCAACCCCAACCCCCUCAUGUUCUGGCUGCACGGGAUACAGCUCGUGGCACUCAACUACCAGACAGAUGAUCUCCCUUUACAUUUAAACGCUGCCAUGUUUGAGGCCAACGGUGGCUGUGGCUAUGUGUUGAAACCCCCAGUUCUGUGGGACAAGAACUGCCCCAUGUAUCAGAAGUUUUCUCCCCUGGAAAGAGACCUGGACAACAUGGAGCCCGCCGUCUACUCUUUGACUAUUGUCUCUGGCCAGAACGUGUGCCCGAGCAACAGCACAGGAAGCCCGUGCAUCGAGGUCGACAUCCUGGGCAUGCCGCUGGACAGCUGCCACUUCCGCACGAAGCCCAUCCACCGGAACACUCUGAACCCCAUGUGGAACGAGCAGUUUUUCUUCCGGGUUCACUUUGAAGACCUCAUAUUUCUUCGUUUUGCAGUUGUGGAAAACAACAGCUCGGCGGUCACUGCUCAGAGGAUCAUCCCGCUCAAGGCUCUAAAGCGAGGAUAUCGACAUCUUCAGCUGCGAAACCUCCACAAUGAAGUCUUGGAAAUCUCUAGUUUAUUCGUAAACAGCAGAAGGAUGGAAGAAAUCUCCUCUGGCAGUUCCGUGCCGGCCUCUUUGAUGUUUAGUACAGAAGAAAGAAAAUGUCUGCAGACUCACAGAGUCACGGUGCAUGGCGUCCCAGGUCCGGAGCCCUUCACUGUUUUCUCUAUAAAUGGAGGCACUAAGGCAAAGCAGCUGCUCCAGCAAAUUCUGACCACUGAACAAGACACCAAACCUAUUGCCGCAGACUACUUUUUGAUGGAAGAAAAAUAUUUUAUAUCUAAAGAAAAGAAUGAAUGCAGAAAACAGCCGUUCCAGAGGGCCAUUGGUCCCGAGGAAGAGAUCGUGCAGAUUUUAAGCAGCUGGUUUCCAGAAGAGGGCUAUGUUGGCAGGAUUGUCUUAAAAACCCAGCAGGAAAACCUGGAGGAGAAAAGCAUUGUUCAAGAUGACAGAGAGGUGAUCUUGAGCUCGGAGGAGGAGAGUUUCUUUGUCCAAGUGCACGACGUUUCUCCAGAGCAGCCGCGGACAGUCAUCAAAGCGCCGCGCGUCAGCACCGCACAGGACGUCAUUCAGCAGACCUUAUGCAAAGCCAAGUACUCCUACAGCAUCCUGAGCAACCCCAACCCAAACGACUACGUACUUUUGGAAGAGGUGGUGAAAGACACAGCCAACAAGAAGUCUUCUACCCCCAAGUCCUCCCAGCGGGUCCUUUUGGAUCAAGAGUGUGUGUUUCAAGCCCAAAGCAAGUGGAAAGGUGCAGGAAAAUUCAUCCUUAAGCUAAAGGAGCAAGUGCAGGCAUCCAGAGAAGACAAGAGAAAAGGCAUUUCUUUUGCAAGUGAAUUCAAGAAGUUCACCAAGUCAACUAAACAGCCCCGAGGACUCACAUCACCUUCUCAGGUCUUGGUUUCGGAAAGUGUCCAAAACAAAGAGGAGAGACCUGUGGGUGGCAGCGACACGAUGGACUAUCGACAGUGACCAUGGGCAGCAUGUUUAACCAGGUGAAGACCUUUUGGCAAGAAGUUAAAGUCAAGAAUGAGCGUGGUGGAAAAAUACAUAUUUUCCUUGCUUUCAUUCAACUUAAACUGGAAACUGAUGAUUUCUGGACCGAAGCUUUCAUCACACACGAUGUGAGGUCUACACGGAGGACAAGCGAAAUGGCACAGGGCUAGCUACCAACCAUUUUCCUGAUGAAUGAAGCAAAGAAGCCCAGGAGAUUGUCCUUUUAUAAAUGUCAACAGUUGUUAAAAAGGAAAAGAAA